AUGCCACAGCACUGGUCAGUUAGCAUUGCUACACAGCUCGCGUUCCUUUUUGUUUACCCUGACAUCAGAGACGGACCACCCAAGGCCUUGGACGAGUUUUCCCUAGAAGAAGACACCAGCCACGAGAAGGAUGCAACGUUGCAAAUCCUGGAGCACAACUUGUCCGUGCUCAGCGCGCACUCCUUGAAAGAUUUCUUGCUGCCUGACGCUGAUGUUCAAAGGCUCAUGCAGAGCAUGGACCCCACCUACUUCAAGAAACUGGAAUGGCCUCCGGUGGAGGAACGUGCCCUGCUGCGCUUUGUUCCUUGCCACAAAGAAGUCGCAGAUGAGGAGUCCAGGCAAUGGCGAGCAUUCAACCUCAUUUACAGCACGCUUCACGGCCGUGGGUUGGCGGUGGCCGAGCUUUGUCAUCCUCUAUGGAAUGACUUCAAGAGAAGUCUUGGAAAGGCAAGGAUGAUGUCCACCCUCCUGAAGGCCACUCACACCGUCAAUCACGGAGCGGGUCCGUGGCGGUCGGGAAAGAGAAGGUUGGGAAUUCAUGCCGCCGCAAAGAGACUCAUGGACCUGGCAGAGUACGCGCCGGAGUACAUGGCAAACCUCACAGAGCGAGUGAAUUGGGAUCGAGGUUGGCAGGGAGGAGGAGGGCCACUGACUCGAGAAGAAGUCUUGAAGUCACGUGCUGCGAAACGACGACUGCCAUAUGCCAAGAACAAAAGCUGGUUUGGGAUACUCGAUUCAUUCGCUGCCUUGGACUACGAUUGGAGCAUCCUCGAGGACGUGUUGGCGAUGUGCAACGGCAACCACAGUUUGCAGCAGGUGCCGGACGACGACGUGUGUGAGGAGGAGGAGGACGACGACGACGACGAAGCUGAAGACGAACAAGGUGACGGAGGGAACGGUCCUGCAGCGAGGGCCACAGUGGUGGCUGAGGUCGAGGACUUCAUGCAUGAUCAUUCUCACCAUGUACGAGUUCGGGUGCUCAUCCUUGUGGGGCGAGUACUUCAGACUGAGUACACGGCGGCUCUGGACGCGCACAAGGAAGGACUUCAAAAGCAACUGGAAUGGCAAGCGUGGAGAUCUUAUGGGAAGUGGUUCGAAACUGUUGUUCGCAUGUUCGAACUUUUCGAAUCCCGAGAUGUCUUCAAGGCUCUUGAUCUUCGCGAGCGACAACCAGAUGCUGAGGCAGUUCCUGUGCAAGACAACCAGAACGAGGUAGCUGCUUGCCAGCAUCUACUCCGUUUGGUGGCUCAAGUGGCUUCCGCGCGAUGCUGGUCGCAACUGCAUCACACGCUUGCGUUGCCUCACUGCCUGGCGCAGGUUUUCCUUCCGCGACACGAUCUGCUGUUGGAGGUGCAAGAGUUUUUCGAAAAGAUCAGUCAACAGUUGCACCUGCUGAACGAGGCGCUCCAGCCAAGGCCAGACGUGCCCAAGUCCAGACGACAGCUGGUUGCAGAACUCGUCGAUGAUCUGGGAACCAUGGAUUGGGUCCUGACCCGUGAAAUCCUGAUGGACGGCGCCAAGCAUGAAUGGGAUCUGUGCUCGCAGGGAAUGCGUAAUUUGGCGUUCUCGGCCUUCGGUAGCUCAGCCGAAACAAAGUCCACAUGUGAGAACGCGUUCAGUUGGCUGGCAGACGCAGUGGCCAGGCAAUCCAAGGCAAACAAGUUUCACGUGGCAACAAAGAUGCUGUACUUGCUUUCAUGUCCGUACGCUGGUGCCGGCGGCUGCAACCCCAUUAGGCCACUGCCAGAGGACGUUAGAUUGCAAACUGCUGAAGACAACAAUGCUUUCCAAGAUCUCGGGGCCUUCGCAGCGAAGUUCUACAAGCUUCCAUUGGAAGGGGUCACGCCGCACAACAUCAAAAAAUGGAGACCGGCUGGCUAUUUGUCGCAGAGGCACAGCGCAGCGGCCCAUGCCUUCGUGUUGCAGUUCGUGGAUGAACGUCGAGGAGUAAACUUUGCUGCCUUGGAAAAUGUUUGGAGCGGCUGCCUUCUGGUCUUGGGGCAGGUGUACCAGGAGAGGGCAACAAGGAAGUACAUCCUCUCGCUCGGCUUCAUGAAAUAUGUGACUUUGGCUGUCGUUUUGCAGCCUCUGGUGUGCGAGGUAUAUCUCCGUUUGCGAAGCGACGAGACUGCCGCGGAGGCGUUGCCCACCUUUGUCUGGAACUCCUCGCCAGGCAGGGACAGUGACUACGUGCACAUCGAAUGCCAGAUUGUGCCACCCGCCUCCUGCGAAGCAGGGAAUCUCAUAUGCUUGAAACGAACCUCUAUGACAUCCAAUGGUUUGCUUAAGUCUGCGCUACUCAACGGCGUGCAGUUGACAAAGGCCCAGGUGGAGAAAUGCAUGGCUGCGGAACAAAUUCCCUUCCCGCAGCACCGACCACGAGGACGUCUUCUGAAAGCAGAUCUUGUGGACGCACUGCUGAGCAAUGUCCUCGACGGAGAGAGUGAGGAAACGAUCGCCCAGGUGCGCAAAAGGCUCUGUCGAGAGACACAGCCUGAUGCAGAAGAGGACGACGAUGACGAGCUAUGUCCUGAAGAAAUUCUUCGCUUGAUACGCAACAUGGACCAGGACAACCGAGAACACUUCAAGGAGGUACAGAAGGAGAUGGCCGUGCCCGUGAUCCUCGCCCAGGAGAACCAGAGCCCCGCCAAGAGGCAGAAGAACCUCGCCACGAUGAGGCACCAGCCUCCCGCCAGGAAGGACAAGAACCUCACCGCGAUGAAGAACCAGAACCUCGCCCUGAUCGCCCAGCAGCAGAAGAUGCGCAAAGAGAAGCGGACUUGCCGUCUCAGCCUCAUGUCGGGAGCCACGCAUCCCGUCGCAGCACAGCGAGGGCAUUGUACGCCGCCAGGCGUGCAGCGAACCAAGCAGCAGUCAUGGUCGCCGGGCAUCGUCGGGCAAGAGCUGGUGAAUCAACAAGUUCAAAGUUUGGAUGUUGUUUUCUCGUUCGUGGAGCGAACAUACCACCGUCAUUUUGACAAAUCGACCAACUACGACAAGGAUUGGAAGAGGACAGUUCGGGUAACCAAUGAAAUAAUACGCUAG